GCAGGUAACGGUGGGAUGGCAUUCAAGGUGUGCUCCUGUACGUGUAUUUUCUUGUGCAGUGCAUUCUCUCUUGCUGCCUCUUGCGAAUCUAAUCCCAAAGACGCGAUCUUUGUGUCGACGGCCCUCGGACGUUUGACGAGUCACUUCUUCAAGAACUGCUCAAAGAUUAUGCUGCAAAUGAAUCCGUACCCUGCUGCCGACCUUGUGAAUAAGUUCGUGAGGAGUACCUGCGUGGGUAUCGGCAUAUGCGAACGACUGAUCAGCGGCGCAACAUUUAAGGAACAAGUUCCGUGCAUACAGCAAUGGCUUUGGGCACGCUGGCUUGGUACAGACGUGGUUCCUGUUGAGCAGAUGAAACUGGUUGAACAAACAUGGCUCUGCGGGGCGGCAUUCGCCCCCUCAGCCCGAGUAGUGAGGCACUUGAUGGCAUACCUCCUAAAAGUUACUGGCUGACAAGGAGUGUGGACGUUUUCAGAAAAAUAAACAAAUUUUGAA